CGAAGAUGCCCCGCCGCGGCGGGCUCGCCGUCCUGCUGCUGGCCAUCCUACGGGCGCAGCUCUCCAGCGCGGCCCCGCUGAACGGAUCCAAGUGGACCUAUGUUGGCUCUACUGGGGAGAAGAGCUGGUCCAAGAAGUACCCAUCGUGUGGAGGCCUGCUACAGUCCCCAAUAGACCUGCACAGUGACAUCCUUCAGUACGAUGCCAGCCUUGUGCCCCUCCAGUUCCAAGGUUACAAUGUGUCCAACAAGCUGUUGAACCUGACAAAUGAUGGCCAUUCAGUGAGGCUCAACCUGAACGCGGACAUGCACAUCCAGGGCCUCCACUCCCACCAGUACAGGGCCGAGCAGCUGCACCUGCAUUGGGGGAACCGCAAUGAUCCCCGGGGCUCUGAGCACACCGUGAGCGGGAAGCACUUUGCUGCCGAGCUGCACAUUGUCCACUAUAACUCAGACCUGUACCCUGACUUCAGCGCCGCCAGUGACAAGCCAGAAGGCCUUGCUGUCCUUGCUGUUCUCAUUGAGAUAGGCUCCUUCAAUCCGGCAUAUGACAAGAUCUUCAGUCACCUUCAACACGUAAGGUACAAAGGUCAACAAGCGUCCGUCCCGGGCUUCAACGUCGAGGAGCUUCUCCCGGAGAGGCCUGACGAGUACUACCGGUACCAGGGCUCCCUGACCACCCCGCCCUGCAGCCCCACCGUCCUCUGGACCGUGUUCCGCAACCCCGUGCACAUUUCCCAGGAGCAGCUGCUGGCUUUGGAGACGGCUCUGUACUGCACACAUGUGGACGAUCCUUCCCCCAGAGAGAUGGUCAACAACUUCCGGCAGGUCCAGAAGUUCGAUGAGAGGCUGGUAUACAUCUCCUUCCGAAAAGUGGGAAACCUUACCGACACAGGACUGAGUAUGGGCGUCAUCCUCUCAGUGGCCCUGGCUGGCGUGCUGGGCAUCUCCAUUGUUGCUGCCGUGUCCAUUUGGCUCUUCAGAAGGAAGAAGAGCAAAAGAGGCGACAGCAAGGGCGUCAUUUAUAAGCCUGCCAUCAAGAAGGAGGCCGGGGCCCACGCCUGAGGUCCCCGCCCUCCCAGACAUCCAAGGAAGGACCUUGCUUUGGACAUUGCAUACUUUGGCUCUCUGGACACUUGACAUUCAAGAUGUUCUCUGGAGCUCAACUCUAACCACCCCCAGGCCCUUGGGCCUCCCCUUGACCUGGUGUCACAGCCACCCCAGGGUGAUCUGUGGGUGAAAGUAAGCUCUUGGGCCAGAGGGCAGGAGCUCCACCUGGGUGAGAUGGCUAAGGAUUUUGGAUUCUGGGUCACAGACCCAGCCUGCAGGUGGGCUGUUGUGGUCUGGAAAGUACUUCCAUCCAGGGCUUCUCUGGGUGUGCUUUCCAGUGUCCGUGUUCUAGUUCUUCUCCAGCCUUCCAGACUAGAACACACACCCUCUGCUCAGGCGAUACUUUUGAAACCCAGCUCUCUUCCAUGGAUUUCCUUGUAUUUUGACAGAACCUUUUAUCUGACCAGAAGCGUCUUAUUGUCAGAAAGAAAGUGACCACAAGAGCCGGGCGGCGGCUCACACCUUUAAUCUUAGCACUUGUGCAGCUGAGAAAGGAUUAAUUUGAGUUCAAGGCCAUCCAGGGCUACAGGGAGAGUCUGCCAUCAAAAAAAUGAAAAAAAAAAAAGAGCUAUGUUUUAUAAUAUACUGGGACAUUUUCAGUCUUUGCAGGGAAAGGGAGAGGCAGAGAAAGGGGGAGACAGAGUGGGAAGACAGGCAGUGUGCGGGGGGUCUCAGUCCAGAGUCGGAACUGGAGUCAAGCCUCCACGGGAGACGUUCUCUGCACACUCUCGUGUCAGGGUCCUGUAGUCCACAGGUUUAUAAACAGCUGCCUGCUCCUUGAAAGUGGGUUUGCUCUCUGCCUUUAGAGUAGCUGUGGGUUCUAGAAUGAUUCAAACUCAAGUCUGCUUUGAAGUCGUGGGAAACGGCGGAAGCAAACCGUAGAGUGUUGUCUCAUUCGCCCAGAGGUCAUUUCUGCCCCGUCUGGCAACCCCACUGCCAGUCUGGAGCUGGGGCUUGUCUGCGCCUCUGACUUUGGGGAGCUCUGACCAUGGUUAAGUUACAAUGUAUCCACACACUAUUAAAGCAGGCAUCCAAGCGCUGGAAGCAGGCCUUGGUAUUCCAGGACCAGAAUCAGUGGCCUGUUGGGAAGGCACCCCUUUUCUUCUCCCUUGGUCAAAAAGACAGCUUCUGGGGCAUAGCCCCUUCUCCGUCUUCCUCCGGUAGAGGCGAGAACCUUGUGGGGAGCAGGCAGUUCCUGGCUGAGCGGGAGAAGCCUCAUGCAGCCCCUCACCACUAGCUCCUUGCAGUUUGAUUCCGUCUCAUUUUGACAGCAUGGGAUGUCCUCGGGCAGCCUGAGUUUCUUCAUGAUAACCUUUCCUUUCACUCUUCCCUCUGACUCGAUAAAAAUCUCUUUGCCAUUGCCACAGCUUUUCGUGAUGGCAAGCCCCUAUGUCUUUGUAGCCUAAUUGCCCAGGUGAAGUUACAGGUGAGCUCACGGGCUCAGGUGUGCGUGUGAGACCUGUGAGCCUCUGAGCCUAGGGCGGCACCCCAGCCUUGCCACUGGCACCAGCACAAGAAACAAAGACAACCCUCACGGCCAAGCAACGUGAGCUCGGCCGUUUCUCGGCCUUGGUCCCGCACGUGGCCGUGACAGCGGAGAGGAGAGGAGGGAACGUGCUGGCACAUGGCACCUGCCAUGAGGACCGGCCGCGACAGGAGACAGAUGUGCCGGGCGCUGAGAACAGCGGCGUUUCUCCUUCCCUCUUCCUCUUCAGCGCGGCCCAGGCAUUCAGCCCUCGGUCAGCACUCACGGCUGAGCUGAAACAGAGCCGGGGCGGCGGGAAGAAUGCUCCGAACACCAGCACUGUCGCUGUCGCCUUUUAACUCCCGAGGACCCUGCUCCUCGGCAGAGGCUCAGUCGUUCCUUGGAUACUCGGCCGCCGUCGCCCCGGGAGUCCAGUGCGGUGGUGUGUGAAGCCCAGCCCUGCACCCCUCAGCUUUGCCAUGCAGUGUGCGAGGUGGGGGUCCAGGAGAGCCUGGGCACCGCUGGGCUGGGCACGUGGCAGGUAGAGGUGACCAAAGUAAGGCACAGGUGGGUGGGGCCCCUCCUGGCUUCUGUAGGCUUUCCUUUGUCCUUCCCAGGGAGCUCGAGGUCUCUUUGUUCUUUAGUGUGGCCUAGUGUAGCGACACCGGUAUCUGUGGCUUUAAUAAGACCCUAGAAUUCGCUGUGCCUACCCUCUUAAUCAUGGUUCAAGUCCUCUCCCUUUCAACACUCUCCGAAGGCCCUGAAGACGCACUGGGGGUGGCAGGACCGGGUCUGUGCCUGAGACCAUAGGCCACUGUGAUGAUUGAUUGUUUCACACAUCCAUAUUUAUUGUACCAAUGAUUGUAAUGAAGACGUACACUGAAAAUGUAGAAAAUUAAAUGUUUUUCACAUCAGA